AGUUAACCUGGAAAGCUGGAAACCCAUUAAGCUGUGUGCAGUGCUAGCUUGUAGAGAGCAAUGACAAAGUGGUAAAAGAACUUACAGGACCAGGGUAAAAAGAAGACAAGAGUUUGUUUAGAUACGCAGGCACUGCCUAGAGGGACAGCUGGCCAGACAGGGAGAUCCACUCCAGGAAGAGCAGCAGUGCUGGUUUUAAAAGGAAAAGUGUGGUGUGGACAAAGCAGCCUGGACCCAAGAACAAGGGGAGAAAGAGAUCCAGAGAUUCCAGUGGGGAUCAAAUGGGAGACAGACCCAGGUUCUUUCCUGACGAGGUGCAGCCUUACUCUGAGCGCUUCUGAGGGCCUGAUCUUUGGGAAGAGACUGAUGGCUUCAAGCCUAGGUUGGAAACGCUGGGGUCUCCUGCAGGCUGUGGCAAGUUGUGGCUUCUUCUUGUUUCCCUGGAGCCAUUGUUCUCGGAGAAGAAUGGGAAGCUUUCUGGACCCUGAGAUAAGAGCCUUCCUGGAGGAGAGCACCGAGGUCACCAGCAGUGGCAGCCUUACCCCUGAAAUCCGGUUGCGGCUUUUGACUCCCAAAUGCAAGUUCUGGUGGGAGAGAGCUGACCUGUGGCCCUACAGUGAUCCUUACUGGGCAGUCUACUGGCCAGGAGGCCAGGCCCUGUCUAGGUAUCUUUUGGAUAAUCCAGAUGUUGUCAGGGGAAAAUCUGUGUUAGAUCUUGGGAAUGGAUGUGGAGCUACAGCUAUUGCUGCUCAUAUGAGUGGAGCAUCGAGGAUCUUGGCCAAUGAUAUAGACCCUGUUGCAGGAAUGGCUAUUACACUAAACUGUGAAUUGAAUCAACUCAGUCCGUUUCCCAUUUUAACCAAAAACAUUUUAAAUCUGGAACAAGAUCAGUGGGACCUUGUUGUCCUUGGAGAUAUGCUUUAUGACGAAGCUCUGGCCGACAGUCUUCAUGGGUGGCUGAAGAAGUGCAUUUGGACCUUUGGAACUCAAGUACUCAUAGGUGACCCUGGGCGGUCCCCAUGUAGUGGGCACAGCAUUUGGCAUGACCUGCACAAGGUGGCAGAAUACUCACUUACAGAGGCCACCAGGCAGCAAAAUAAUGGCCUCACAACAAGCGCAGUCUGGGAUUUCCAGCCUUAAGAUGUCAAAGUGCUUUUAAGUAUGAAUAUAGUUCUCUUUGGAUUUAAUCCCCGAAAAUAUUUUCCCUGUAAGAGACACUCUCCUGUUCAGUGGCAUAUCUUGUUUCCAAAAUAUAAAGGUUUCAAGUUUUGUUAGUCAACCUUUGUCACAUAACUAGUGCUUCAUUUCUAAGGAUGCCACUUGUACAAAUCUCUAUCUGCAAGUUUUUGUCUAGUUUUACUGUUGUAGGGAUAUGAUUAUGGAAAGCAGUACCCAAUGGUGGUAGCAUGUAAUUCAAGUAGUGGGGAAGAAUAAAUAUUGUAGCAGAAUCGGUCUCUCUAGUUGAGGGCCUUGUGGUACCGGAGAUUAACCCAGGCUCUAAGGCGUGCUAGGCAAGUGCUGUACCACUGAGCUAUAUCCCCCAUCCUAUGAUGUAUCUUUGAAUUAAACAAACAAAAUGCAAAAUAUGGAAUACUGGGUUUUUUAUUCAUGGUACUGAGGUGUGCAUUCAGAGCCUUAUCACUGAGCUAUAUCCCUGGUGCACUCACUUUGUUUUUUUUUUUUCUGAGACAGGAUCUCAGUCACUGAAUUGUCCACUCUGGACUCAAACUUGUGAUCUUCUUAUCUCAGCCUCCCAGAGUGCUGAGAUUGUAGGUGUGUACUACUGUGCCUGACAGAAUACUGUUUUGUUUUGUUUUUAAGUAUAGUACAGAGUAUUUAGAAGUGAGGCAACUCUGUCACUUUGUAGCUGAGAUUUUUUUCAAGCUUCAAUUUCUUCAUGUAUAAAAUAGUAAUAAAAUUGAACAGAUCUCA